CACGUCAGAAAAUUCUGGGCAAAAAUACAUCGAUUUUCUUUUUCGAUGUUCUAUCUCUGCUAUAAAUUUGAGCUCAAUCGGACAUGUACUCCGCAUUUGGCAACAAGGUGAAAAAAGAGGGGGGGGGGGUACCCUUAAACUUAGUCACUUACUCACUAUAGACAUGUAGACGUAGAUAUGUAUGGGAAAAGGUAUUAAUUCUCAUCAAUUUAUUAACAAUAAGCGCACCAUGAAUCGACUGAUAAAUUGCGAUUAAUUGAAAAUUUUCUCUUAAUCUAUAGAACUAGAUAACUAACGUUAAAAAUUUUGUAUUUUUUUAGUUCUGAUGUACAAUUUCAAGAUAGCUUAUUAAACGUUUUAAGAGAUUCUUUAACAAAUGCAAAUUCACAAGUUCGAUUAUGUACAUUACAACUGUUUCAUGCAGCACUCCAACACAACGAUCGUUCAACAUUGUCAAGUAAAAUAUUACCAGCUUUGAUUACAUUAGCAUCGGAUGAUGAUGUAACCGUACGUAUCGCAACAAUAGCUGUCUUCGGUUCCAUUAUCGUUCAUUGUUCGGAAUUAGACAUACUUGAACGUGUCUAUUCACAAUUUCAAAUGUUCGAUAGUGAUCCAAAAUUUCGAGACGAAUAUCAUACACAUGUUGAAAUGAUAAAAACCUUCACUCAUAUAGCGCCGCAUGUUGAAUCAAAAUUUCAAGAAGAUUUUAUUUUACCAUACUUGGCGGCUACAGCAUCUCAAAAUAAUCAACAACAACGUGAAACAAAGCGUUUAGAAACAGCCAUUUAUUUAUUUGAAGCUUACAGUGCUCUAUCAUGUUGUUUUCAUAGUGUCGAAUCCCUACAAAAUUCAUUUUUACCAGGUUUAUAUUGUUUACGUUCUGAUUUUGCUCAAUUACGACCGGAUCAUGUCGCCGUAAUUGAUUCAAUUACUAAAGAUUUAGAAAAUAAACUUGAAUUAAAUCGACCGGAUGGAUCAACACUAAUUGGUAAUUUUUCAAGUACAUUUAAUCAAGAAAAUCUUCGUGGUCGUAUGUUAAACCAGUUUUCAAAUUUACGCGAUUCAACUGCUCGUAUAACACGAUUUAUGAAGAAAAAAUAA